AGGGAGUGAGCAAAGCAGGAAGGGAGGCAAGGCAUAGAAUGCUAAAAAGGGUAUUAAACGUUCAAAGAGUGCUAAAAGGUGGGGGGUUAACAUGAGAAUGGAGAGGUACAGUUAACCUGCUAUGUGCCAGAUCACUAUUUACAUUGAUCGUCAUCAUCAUCGCCGCAACCAGCUUCAUCUUUCUUAUUAAGUGAAAUGUAUCAGGUCUGCAUGGAAUCCUACUAAUUAAGCAUGGAGAUUGAAAACAUCGUGGCCAACACCGUGCUGCUGAAAGCCAGAGAAGGAGGCGGUGGAAAGAGGAAUGGCCGCAGUAAGAAGUGGAAGGAGAUGCUGAGGCUGCCACAUAUUAGUCUGUGUGAGGAGCUGAGGCGAGUAAUAGAAAGGGAUUACUCCAGUCUCUGUGAGAAGCAGCCCAUUGGGAGACUUCUCUUCCGACAGUACUGUGAUACGAGGCUAGAGCUGAAACGGUGCAUUGAGUUCUUAGACACUGUGGCAGAGUAUGAAGUGGCACCAGAUGAGAAGCGCAGAGACUGCGGGUUGAAUGUUUUAGACAAAUACUUCAAUAAUGGGUCGGCAGCCCAUUUACCAGAAAUACCUUUGGAAGUAGUACGAGAAUGCAGAGAGAAGCUGAAGCACACGCCCUGCAAAGAGCUCUUUGAAGAGUGCACUAAAAUUGUUCAUGAAUAUCUCAGAGGAGUACCGUUUUCACAGUACCAAGAGAGCAUGCAUUUUUCACGCUUCAUACAGUGGAAAUGGUUGGAAAGGCAACCUGUAACCAAAAAUACCUUCAGGCAUUACCGGGUACUGGGAAAGGGUGGAUUUGGAGAGGUUUGUGCCUGCCAAGUCCGUGCUACCGGUAAGAUGUACGCCUGUAAAAAGCUUGAAAAGAAAAGAGUAAAGAAGAGAAGAGGUGAAGGAAUGGCAUUAAAUGAAAAAAGAAUUUUAGAAAAAGUUAACAGUAGCUUUGUAGUUAGUUUAGCCUAUGCCUAUGAAACAAAGGAUGCACUUUGUUUAGUAUUAACCAUGAUGAAUGGUGGGGACUUGAAAUUCCACAUCUACAGUAUGGGAAACCCUGGCUUUGACGAGGAGCGGGCCAUCUUCUACGCUGCAGAGAUCUGCUGUGGUCUGGAGGAUUUACACAGAGAGCGGAUUGUGUACAGAGACUUGAAACCAGAGAACAUUCUUUUAGAUGACCGUGGUCAUAUCCGCAUUUCAGACCUUGGCUUAGCAGUCCAGAUCCCUGAGGGAGAGACGAUACGAGGGAGGGUUGGGACUGUCGGAUACAUGGCCCCAGAGGUGAUCCUGAAUGAGAGCUACACGUUCAGCUCGGACUGGUGGGGCCUGGGCUGCCUGCUGUUUGAGAUGAUCCAAGGCCAGUGCCCUUUCCGGCGCCGCAAGGAGAGGGUAAAGCGGGAAGAGGUGGACCGGCGAGUGCGUGAGGACCAGGAGGAAUACUCGGACAAGUUCUCUGAGGAGGCCAAAUCCAUCUGCCGGAUGUUACUGAAUAAAGAUCCCAAAGCACGGUUGGGCUGUCAAGGACAAGGGGCCGCAGAGGUGAAGCAGCACCUGAUAUUCAAAAGCGUCCACUUCAAGAGGCUGGAAGCCAACAUGCUGGACCCUCCCUUCACUCCUGACCCUCGAGCAGUGUACUGCAAAGACGUCUUGGAUAUUGAGCAGUUCUCCACAGUCAAGGGGGUAAACUUGGACCCUACAGAUGACGAUUUCUAUCACAAAUUUGUUACAGGCAGUGUCUCCAUCCCCUGGCAGAAUGAGAUGAUCCAGAUGGAAUGUUUCAAAGAAAUCAAUAUAUAUGAGACAGAUGGGACGCUGUGUUCGAAUCUUGAUGUAAAUAAGCCUGCCCCCCCGCCAAAGAGAGGCUUCUUUUACAGACUCUUCAGGAGAGAGAUCUGUUUUAAGAGUGGGUAUAGCGAUGAUGAAGAGGAGCCCUCAAGAAUUUAAACCACUCUGUCAGCCAAAACAUCGCAAUGUUUAAAAAAUAAAAAAAACAGCUGAAGGAUCCAUGUCUGAUGUUCAGAAUCUGUUUAUGCCUACUAUAUUGAAGAGGAUACUCAACUGCUAAACAAGGUCAUACGCUUUAUCAAUCCACGAGGUACAUUAAAUAUAUUACAGCUUUGUCAUUUCCCAAUGACUUGAUAAAUACGAUAAGGGGCACCUCCUAGAGUACUGAACAAAUCAUACAGCAUAAUUUAUUUACAUUGGCAUACAGUUUAACCAUGUACCUACAGCUGCAUUAAUAAAAAUAUCAGGGGCAGGCAUUAGGGGAAUAUUUGUAAAGUUGUCUGGACAUGUAAAUUAUAACUGUUUUUCUUCAGAAAUUCAUGAUUUUGAAUUUGAAUUCUGAAGUUGAUAGUGAAAAUAGCUAUAAUCAGUAAACUCAGUUCUGGCUUCAAAAUGCAUGAAGAAUCAAAAACAGUCCUGAAAUCUUUCGUCAUAUUUUCCUUAACCACUUCUGUCACAAAAAUGAUUUCCUUUCACAUGUACCAUUUUUUUUUAUGACUGGACUUCAUUCCACUUUAAAGGAGUGUCAAUUGAGUUUUAAAAUCUAUUUUAAACAUCUUAUAAAUGUAGAAAUAUUGUCACUGCUUGAUGUUUUUGUUUGUUGAAAUGUUUUAUGUACACACACUGCUGUGCAAAACUCUUAGACAUGUUGCAUUUUUCU